AUGCCUGGCUAUGUUACUCCCUAUGGUGAUACCCUCCCCGAGCAUGGCGUCAUCGGUCAUGGCUAUGCCCUCAGAUCUAAAAAUGGACGUGUAGAAUUUAGGGUUACCAAUGACAGUGACCUCCAGCUCGUGGGCAACGGCAAGAUUCUCUGGUCCCUCAAUGGUAAAGACGCGUCUUGGGUGAUGAUGCAAGCCGAUGGCAACUGCUGCGGCUACACAGCUACCAGUCCUGACGCGAUGUGGGCCACCGAGACCAACGGCAGUGACCACCCAUACAACCUUGUCUGCCAGGACGACGGAAACUUGGUCGUCUAUGCCAAGGGCGGUCGACCCGUUUGGGCCACCAACACUGGUGGCUUAGUCCCAUCCGUUCCCCCCUCUGUUCCACCCUAUCGAUCCAGCCUCCCCGAGAACGGAGCCAUCGGUCGUGGCUACUCACUCAUCUCUGACAGCGGACGCGUACAGUUUAAGGUCGACCACAAUGGUGACCUCGUGCUCCUUGGUGACGGCAAAGAAUUGUGGUCCUUAAAGGGCAAAAACGCGGCAUGGGUGACGAUGCAAACCGACGGCAACUGCUGCGGCUACACACUUAAUAGUGUCGCGAUGUGGGCCACCCACACCAAUGGCAAUGACCACCCAUACUACCUCGUUUGCCAGAAUGAUGGGAACUUGGUCGUGUACGCCAAGGGCGGUAGACCUGUCUGGGCCACCAACACUGGCGGCUUGAUCCACUAA